UUAAAAGAUAAGUUGAAAUUGUAAUUUUGUUUAGAUCGAAUAAAUGCCAUUGGAUUUAAUUUGAACAAAUGGACGAUAAUGUCGAUAUUUACGCAGAUCUUGACGAAUUCUAUGUGGUUGAAAAAAAAAAAGCAGAUGAACAAGCAUCUAGUGACAAAGUAGUACAGGAUUUACGGGAUGAAAAUAAAGAUUUAAAAAAACAAUUAAAAAAUAUAAGAAAUAACUUUCAAGCCAUGUUGACAACAGUCCGACAGGAAAUAAAACGUAAAGAUGAACAACUAAAUGAAAAACGCAGAAUUGAAGACGAUCGGAUAUUUAGGCGUCGCGCAUAUCUAUGUAGUAAUUGUUCGCGCCCUUUGGACGUUGAUAUUCAAUAUAAAGACGCGUCUCAACAAACAGAUAUUAAUUUUUUAAAUCAAAACUUCGAGAAGGAAGGAAGGGUACAAAUUAGUAGUAAAGUUAAUUUUACACAUUUAAACAUAAAAGAACAGGAAUCUAAAAGUAAGAAUCAAUAUGUGGAAGAUAUGAAUUCACAUAAUGAUUAUAACAAUACAUACGAAAGUUAUAGGCAUGAACAUUUUUAUGAUGGUUGUGCGUCCAAAGAACGUGGGGGUCGCAGUAACAAAUAUUUCAAUGACACAUCUAGAGAAGAUUGUCGUGAUAAACGCGUGGAACGUUCAAGUUUACAUAAUGAUCGUAGUCACAGUAAUCGACUUAAUACUGAAUAUGGUGGUAUCGCUCACUUUGAGCAAAUACCAACUGCUUUUAGUAACCAAAAAACUGCAAAAGAAGGAGAGAAAUUUAAUACUAAAAAUUAUUCUGCAUAUUCCUACUUAAGAGACCAUGAGUCUAAAAAUAGGGAUCAAUUUGUGGCACGAUCAAGUUCACAUAACGAUUCUAACAGCAAAUAUCAGAAUGAUAGGCAUAACCAUAAAUACGAUGAUGGCCCAACUAAAACAAGUGGCGUUAGUAGUCAUAAAUAUGCUGGUGAUGUGUCUAUAGAAGCUGAUUGUCGUGAUAAUAAGAAUAUUGGGAACAGAUUUACUGAAACUGAUAGUCGUAGCCGGAAAUAUGUAGAAACUCAUAGUCGUAACCCAAAUAAUUUUAGUCACCAAAAAUAUAAGUUCAGUCUGUUAACCGAAAAUGAAAGCCAUAAUCACAAAAAUUAUACUAACAAACCUAAGGACAGUUCCUAUAUUAAAAGUGUACGCAACUCUAGAAAGACAAUUUCUAGUAUGGAAGAUAUGCAAGGACGUCAUCAUAGAUAUGAUAGUAAAACUGAAGUUAAAGCUACAAAAGGUGCAUCCAGUAGCAAACAACGAGCUCAAAGCGUGGAAAAAUGUAAAACUGAAGUUCGCUCAUCGGAGAGGUUAAAACAAAUGAAUAAAAUUGAAUACAAAAACUUUGAUUCAAUAGGUGAAAAGAUUAAAACUUCAAAAGAGGAUGUAUUGGAGGAAUCUGAUAAAAGUGUUAAAACUAAAACUACAUCUAAGAAAAAGGACAAAAAAGAGAUUAAACAUUCAAAUAGUGAAGUAAAUAUGUUACCAAAAAAAGUUAAUAAAACCAAACAAAGUGCUUCCACUCAAAAUAAAAGUGAAAUUAACAAGCAAAAAUUAAUAGAAAAAAAUAAACGACAAAACACUGAUAUUGGUAUAGUUAACCCAGAAACAUUAACUGUAACAAGCUCAAAAAGCUCUCGGGAAUGUAUAGAUACAAAUAAAAAUGUGCCAGAUGUUUCCAAAGAAAAUAGCGAUUUGCAUUCUGCUGAAGAAACUUCCAAGAAUGAGAAAAGCCAAAGUGCUACAAAAUGUAAAGAAUCUGUUAUUAGUUACGAAACUAAAAGCCCUGAUGCUGAAAUUGUUGUGAAUAAAGCAGCUAUCGACGAAAGUGCUCAGGAUAGUAAAAGUUUAGGUUUAAUAGAAGCUUCACAAAAAACAUCUAACAAUAGAAUUAGGGAAUGCUCCGAAAAGCAUACAGAAGCUGUUGUUGAGAGUAAGCUCGAAGAAAUUCCUGAUCAUAGCAAGAAUCCAAUUCUAAAUGCCGAUAACAUCACGACAGAAAAAGAUCUGAUUAUGGUUUCGAAUAAUGAAUCUGCAGAGAAUAUUUCUGAUAAUAUUGAUGCCAAUAGAAGUACGAUUGAUCAUAAUAAAGAUACCAUUGUAAAUGUCGAUAACAAUAGCACAGAAGAACGAUACAAUGAUUUGAUUGUAGUUUCAAAUAAUGAAUCUGUAGAGAUUGUUAUUAAUAGUAUUGAUACUAAUAAGAGUAGGGUUGACAAUAGCGAAGAUACGGUUGUAAAUGUCGCUAAUAACAGCACAGAAAAACAAUACAAUGAUUUGAUUGUAGGGUCAAAUAAUGAAUCUGUAGAGAUUAUUAUUGAUAGUAUUGAUACUAAUAAGAGUAGGGUUGGUCAUAGCGAAGAUACAGUUGUAAAUGUCGCUAACAACAGCAAAGAAAAACAAUACAAUGAUUUGAUUGUAGUUUCAAAUAAUGAAUCUGUAGAGAUUAUUAUUGAUAGUAUUGAUACUAAUAAGAGUAGGGUUGAUCAUAGCAAACAUACAGUUGUGAAUAUAGAUAAUAACAGCACAGAUAAUGAUCUAAUUAUAGUUUCAAAUAAUGAAUCCAGAGAGGAUGUUACUGAUAGUAUUGAUAAUAAUAAAAAUAAGUUAGAUCCUAAUAAGGAUACAAUUGUAAAUGUCGAUAAUAAAAGCACGGAAAAACAUAAUAAUUCGAAAAUAGUUUUAAAUAAUAAAUCCGAAGAGUUUAUUACUGAUAAUGUUAAUGCCAAUAAGUGUGAGGUGGACAGUAUUAACAAUAACAAAAUAGAAAGUGAAGUGUUAUGUCAACAACCUACAGAAUUGUAUUCCAAUUCCAGUGGGUCUAAGUCUAACUCUAACUCUAUAACAAAACAAGAAAUUGAAUUACAAAGAAACUUUGAAAAUACUAUACCGCAUAAAACACGAAAGCCAAAACUGAAACGAAAAUGUGUGGAUAAUUCAAAUGCCACGGUAAGCGGUGUGGCACCAAAAAGACGGAAAUGUAAGAAUAAAAAUUCCCAUACGCCUGUAGAUGAAAUUGAUAAAGCCUUAAAUGACAUGUUCAAUACGGAAAGCAAUCCGGUAUCCGAAUUAAGUGUGACUGAAGAUACAAAUUCACAAAAUCAAAUGGGCGGGGAUAAUAAAACAUCUAUCUUACAGGAUGAAAUGAACCGAGACGAAGAAGAGAUGAAAGAAGCAAUUAAAUCUAUUACUACGAAUAAUUCCAAUGUUGACACUACGGAAUAUGUUGAAAUGCAAUCAAAUUUAGUGAAUACGACACCUGGAGUUAUAUUAGAUUUAAAUAAUUAUAAUGUUAGCAUUGACAGCAAUAUGCAUUUGAAUCCCUCGUUAGUAGUAUCCGCUGAGCAAUUAAAUGAAUAUGAGGUGAUUGACUCUUUUGAUUGUCGCACCGAAAUUGUACAAGGUGAUUAUAAUAUGGAAAAUAAUGAGACAUGUAUAGUACCGAAUUCGUAUGAAUCUGUGAUUUAUUUGCCAAUAGUUACAGAGAACAAUAAUCACAAUAUACAUUUUCCUGAAAAUUCUGUAUCUAAUCAUCACGAAAUGAAUGAUGAGUUGAUAAUAAAUAAUACGGAAUUAAAUAACAAUAUAAACGACAAUAAUAAAUUAGUUACUGAGCCAGCAAUUCAAAGCUUACACAAUGAUAAAGAAACAUCAUUUAUAAAAUGUAUAGUAACUGAUUCAGGUUUUGUGCCGAAUUGGAAUACAAGCAUCGAUGCAAAUAGUACUAACAACAGUAGUUUGAACGAAAGUCAGAAAUCGAGUACUGGAGAAGCAAAACAUAUGAAAGUUGGUCGACACGAAUGUGUAAUAGAAUCUGAAUCUCCAGAUGUGACAACUAUAUUAAUACCUGGACGUAAACGUCGCAAACGUUAUCCAAUGAAAUAGUUAUUAUAUUUUUUAGUUUAUUAGUA